CUCAUACUCCCAGUGAGCACUCCCAGCUGUUCCCCAGUACCACAUGCUGUCUGGCUGCUACUGGGGGUUCAACAAUAGCUCAGUCCUACUGCACCAGAGACCACAGCCGAGCAGAGUAGAGCACAGAGAAGCAGAUAGAGACGAUGUUGGGAUAGGAUCUACUCUGUUACAAGAUUAUACUGAGGCCCAGUGUAGAGCAGAGCAGAGCAGAGUAGAGUAAAACAGAGUAGAAAAGAGUAGAUUAGAGUAGAGUAGAGAAGAACAGAGUAGAACAGAGGAGAGAGCAGAGCAGGGAGAGGACUCUGAAAGUUUAGCCAACUGCCGUUAUUUAAGAGAUGAUUUAUUUGAAGGGACACACUCUUCUUGUUGGGAUUCUGGUUGUUUUAACAGGUUCAGCCAGGUGUUCAGAAGAUGAGACUCGUCUGGUUAAAACCCUGUUCACCGGCUAUAACAAGGUGGUCCGCCCUGUCAAUCACUUCAAAGAUCCAGUGGUGGUGACUGUAGGCUUGCAGCUCAUCCAGCUCAUUAGUGUGGAUGAAGUCAAUCAAAUUGUGACCAGCAAUGUGCGGCUGAAACAGAUAUGGGAGGACGUGAAUCUGAAGUGGAACCCUGAUGAUUAUAAUGGAAUUAAGAAGAUCAGAAUCCCUUCCACAGACAUCUGGCGUCCUGACCUCGUACUCUAUAACAAUGCAGAUGGAGACUUUGCCAUCGUCCAUGAGACCAAGGUGCUGCUGGAGCACACAGGUAUGAUCACCUGGACCCCUCCGGCCAUCUUUAAGAGCUACUGUGAGAUCAUCGUGCUUCACUUCCCCUUCGACCUGCAGAACUGCAGUAUGAAGUUGGGGACAUGGACCUACGACGGCAACCUGGUAGUGGUCAACCCGGACAACGACCGGCCUGACCUGAGUAACUUCAUGGAGAGUGGUGAGUGGGUCAUGAAGGACUAUAGGAGCUGGAAACACUGGGUGUACUACGCCUGCUGCCCUGACACGCCCUACCUGGAUAUCACCUACCACUUCCUGAUGCUGAGGCUGCCUCUCUACUUCAUCGUCAACGUCAUCAUCCCCUGCAUGCUGUUCUCCUUCCUGACUGGACUGGUCUUCUACCUCCCCACUGACUCUGGUGAGAAGAUGACCCUGUCUAUCUCCGUCCUGCUGUCCCUCACUGUGUUUCUGCUGGUCAUCGUGGAGCUCAUCCCCUCCACCUCCAGUGCAGUGCCUCUCAUUGGGAAGUACAUGCUCUUCACCAUGGUCUUCGUCAUAGCCUCCAUCGUCAUCACCGUCAUCGUCAUCAACACACACCACCGCUCUCCCAGUACACACACCAUGCCCCAGUGGGUCCGCAAGAUUUUCAUCGACACCAUCCCCAAUUUCAUGUUCUUCUCGACUAUGAACCGUCCGUCCAGGGACAGGCAGGAGAAGAGGAUCCUCCUGGCAGACUUUGACAUUUCCGACAUUUCGGGCAAGCCUGCCCCUGCCUCGGUCACCUUCCAGUCCCCCAUCACCAAGAACUCGGACGUCCGCAGCGCCAUUGAGGGGGUCAAGUACAUCGCAGAGACCAUGAAGUCUGAUGAAGAGUCCAACAAUGCUGCUGAGGAGUGGAAGUUUGUAGCCAUGGUCCUGGAUCACAUCUUGCUGUGUGUGUUCAUGGCUGUGUGUAUCAUCGGCACCAUGGGAGUGUUCGCUGGACGUCUCAUCGAGCUGAGCAUGCAGGGCUAAAGGAGAGGCCUACCUGGAGUCAUCCUGGUUCUCCUGCUCGCUCUGACACCUGUCUGCUGUGCCUCUACUCCAAGUCAUCUGGAAAUUACAAUCAAUUGAUUGACUGAUUGGUUGGUUGGAUUGUUGAUUGAAUGUAAUUGGCCCUGUGAGGUGUUGUUAUUGUCAGUCAGACUAUUAAGCUUCUUUUCUGCAUGGAGUUUACAGUUGGAAAUUGACGUUAAAGGCUGUCAGCUGUCUGUGACUUGAUGGAUUCUGUUUAAGGAACGAUGGUUAACCUACCUAACGAGGUGAUUUCUUUAUUUCUAACCAUCGUUCCUCAUGUGGAAGAAAGGAUGCAGAGUAUAUUGUGGUUUAACAAACUCUGCAUAACGGCUCUGAUUGCGAGCCCUCUGGCACUCUUAUGGCACUCUGCACUCUUAUGGCAGUCUGGAUGAGGGAGGUCACAUUAUGGAACUCUGGAUGAGGGAGGUCACAUUAUGGAACUCUGGAUGAGGGAGGUCACAUUAUGGAACUCUGGAUGAGGGAGGUCACAUUAUGGAACUCUGGAUGAGGGAGGGCACAUUAUGGAACUCUGGAUGAGGGAGGUCAUAUUAUGGAACUCUGGAUGAGGGAGGUCACAUUAUGGCACUGUGGAUGAGGGAGGGCACAUUAUGGGACUCUGGAUGAGGGAGGUCAUAUUAUGGAACUCUGGAUGAGGGAGGUCACAUUAUGGCACUGUGGAUGAGGGAGGGCACAUUAUGGGACUCUGGAUGAGGGAGGUCACAUUAUGGCACUGUGGAUGAGGGAGGGCACAUUAUGGGACUCUGGAUGAGGGAGGUCACAUUAUGGCACUGUGGAUGAGGGAGGUCACAUUAUGGAACUCUGAAUGAGGGAGGUCAUAAGGGACUGGUAAUGCAUCUCACCGUUGUUGCAUAAUCAUUAUUGACUAUCAGAAGAUCAGUUUGAAUUAGUUUCUCAAUGUUGAUUUAGAAGUGGUCCAGUCUUGUGUAUGGGCUGUGGCUUAUUCAAUAAAGAUCACAGCGCUGAGAAACGACAUGAUGUUUUAUCCUGUCCGAUCUCAGUGAUUUUUCUCCUCCUUCUGCCAAAUGUCAUCUUGGUUGUAUUUUUAGAUUUGGUUAGAUGUGGAAAAUAUAUAGUGAAUAAAAAUAAAAUCUACUUCCAGA